UUCAUGAUUAUUCAACGAUACAAAGGAGAAACAAGGGGAGUAAUCCUUAACGAACGUUUUGACAUUUGGUAACAAUUGGGACAGAGGGAUUAGCCAAUAGUAUUGUAUGAAAUGGCUGUGACUGCCCUGUGAGGGAAGCAGUGCUGGGGUGAUAUUAUGAAGUUAACUCCAGAUUUGUGGGAUAAAGAUGGAAGCCAAAAUUAUUCUGACCACUUUUCUGUUGACGUUGGUGGUUAAUAGUUCGAAGCCCUGUCAACAAGCUAUCGUUCUCCAGGACGACACGCCAGUUUUCAUCAGUACACCAGGCUUCACGGAGGGAAAACCUUAUCCCACAAACAAACUCUGUACCUGGGACAUCUCAACCUAUCAUGGGAAUAUUGAGGUUCGAUUUCUAUCGUUCGAUGUGGAGUACGAUACCAGCUGUAGUUGGGACUACAUGGAGAUUUAUUCCGGUCCGUGUGGAGGGAAUAAUCACGUGAAGUAUUGCGGCACUACACUCCCCCCAGUCAUGACCUCUAAGUUUGGGAGGGCCUGCGUGGAAUUCUACUCCGAUCCCUACCUUACAAAACCAGGGUUCAAGGCCCGCCUUCUCCGCGUUGGUAAACAUGAGAAUUCAAAGAACAGUUCAAAUAGUAUCUCCACUUCUUCAACAAGUAACACGAACUUAACAUCAUUUCCGUCACCAUCUACGUCACUUCCUGUUUCAUCGUCUACAUUAUCAUCUUCAUCAUCACCUCCAUCUACAAAAGAAGGCCAUACCUCCUUACCUGGUGAUUCUUCCGCUAAUCUCGGAGGCAGCUCUGGUACACUGACCAGAAGAAAUAUAGAAAUGUGUCUGACAAAAAUUUACCAUGUUGAUUUAAAACUGAAAGAGAAAAUAGAACUGUUUUCUCCUGGAUUUCAGACUGGCAGCAAGUACCCAGUGAACAUGCAUUGUUCAGUUUCCAUUACAGCAAUCAAAAACAAAAUAUUAAAGAUCAGUCUCCUUACCUUGGAGCUGGAGUAUCAUCCACAAUGUCUGUACGACAGACUCGUUGUUCAUGAUGGUCCCUCCCACACGUCACCCGUUAUGUUAUCCCUAUGUGGAACCCACCAAUCAAACGUCUACCUCUCUACCUCAGACUCAGUUUAUGUUGAGUUUCAUUCGGAUAUUAUCAUCCCUGCUGCUGGAUUUAAAAUCAUCAUAGAAAAUGAACCCAUCAGCACAACACCUGGGGUCAUUAAGAAAAUAGAGAGUCCCCCAACCACAACACCUGGUGCUAUCUUGACCACUCAACAUGUACAGAGUGAAACUCCCCAAACCACAAUACCUGGAGCUAUGUUGACAACUCAACAUAUACAAACUCCCCCAACCACAACACCUGGGGCUAUCUUGACCACUCAACAUAUACAGAGUGAGACUCCCCCCACCACAACACCUGCAGCUAUUAUGACCAAUCAACAUAUACAGAGUGAGACUCCCCCAAACACAACACCUGGAGCUAUGUUGACCACUCAACAUAUACAGACUCUCCCAACCACAACACCUGGAGCUAUCUUGACUACUCAAAACGUACUAACUCUUCCACCCACAACACCCACAGAUAUGUUGAUCACUCAAAAUGUACAUACGCUCCCAGUUACAGGAAUCCGCAGCACUGAUGUACAAGACAUAUCUACCUCAACAACUGCUACCUCUGACUCGCAAUUUACGACUGAAGUGUCAAAGACAACGAAAUAUUUGUUAUCUACCAUAUCUACUGUACCAGUUUACGACAAAUUGACUUUAAAUUCUUCAUCAUCAACACCAUUACUGUCAUCAUUAGAAGCAACAACGAUAACGUCAUCACCAACUACUAUAUUGACAUCAAAAAAUACAUCGCCAAUGACAUCAUUAUUUACAUCAACACCAAGCAAGGAGCAAAAUCCAGCAACAAAAGAAACAGCAAAAUCAACAACAACGAUAGCACCACCGACGUCAACAAACCACAAAACCGUUAACACACCACCAUUAAAAAUACUAACAACUAUAACAAGCUUAUUACAGACGUCUCCAAUACCGACAACAAAGUUACCUCAAACAUCGUCAUUUUUAACAACCAUAUUAAAAUCAUCAACGGCACGAACAACUGCAGUAAAACAAGGCAAAAGCAAAACAGCCAGUUUUUACACCGGAAGUACUGAAACAUGGAUGACAAAACAGCAAUCAUCUUCACUGGAGACAGAAAGUACCAUGCAUAAAAAUACGUCAUCAUCUUUUUCAUCAUCUUUAUCAUCGUCUUCAACAAGCUCACCAUGGACACAAAGGUCAUCUACAGCUGCUGCUAUUUCACCUUCCAAAACAACGGGCCCAGUAAAGAAUUCUCCCCCUACUGUAACAGCUCCACCGUCCCUGAGACUCCCGAUGGAGUGCCUCGGGGUAGAAAAGGUUUUCUCUACUCUAGGAAGACAUGUUGUUCAGUCACCGGGAAUGAAGGAGGGACAACUGUAUCCUAAUGACGUUCAAUGUUCCUGGAUUUUCAUUGCACAAGACAACCAGGAAAUAAAAAUCGGUUUUGAAAUUUUCGAUGUCGAACAGGAAAAGAAUUGCAAGUAUGACAGUUUACAAAUGUACAAUGGAUCAUCUACCAAGAGUGAGGUAAUCAAGCGAUACUGUGGAAAGAAAACUCCUUCAAAUUUUACCUUUCCUGGGACUCGGAUGUAUCUGCUGUUUAAGUCAGACCGUUAUGUACAGAGAAGCGGUUUUAAAUUAAACGUGGAUAUUGUAAAGAAACCGACGAAAACCAAAAACUGUCUGCUGGAAGAGAAGCGCUGUCGAGACGGUUCCUGUGUCCCUGCUGAAUGGUUCUGUGAUGGCGAGAUAGACUGUCCAGACAAAAGCGACGAACAAGUCUGCGGACAGUGUGUGUCUGGGGAGUUCAGGUGUACUAACGGAGAGUGCAUCUCGACUUAUCUUAGAUGUGACGGCAACCCAGACUGCUCAGGGCAUGAAGAUGAGGCCAACUGCUUUUCCUUGAGGGACGAUUCGGAGGUGCUCGUCAAGUACAACAACAAGGACCUGCCUAUAUGUCGAGAUACGUGGGACAACAAACUUGCUGAUUUAAUUUGCUCGGAUCAGUUUUUCAGUGAGGUAGAAAGUGUGUGGUUUGAAACGACGAGCAGUUUAGUACAUGUGGGGCUAAAGGAUUCGUUAUCCUCUGGUACCAUUCUAUCACGUGACAUAUUCUCCAUAGUAACAUGGUGUCCUAGCAACGAAAGAGUUCAUCUUAAAUGUCAAACGACAGAAUGUGGCCAGGUGAGCAGCAGCCUUGUCCAGCCUUAUAUUCUGGGAGGAAGUCAGUCCUAUAGAGGCCAGUGGCCCUGGACAGUGGCACUGAUGAUCGGGAACUCCUUCCUUUGUGGAGGAACUCUGGUGGCGGAUCAAUGGGUGGUUACUGCGGGGCAUUGUGUCGAAUCUGUAUCAAAAAAGUCUUAUCUGGUUUCGGCCCAGAUUGGAUCAGUUUCUCUCAGCCAAUCUGGUGAUACCUCGAGGCGAAUAAUGGAGGUCAUCCGUCAUCCCGAGCACGACUUUAUUUACAACGCAGAUAUUGCUCUGCUUCAUCUGCAACGAAAAGUAGAAAUGAAUAACUAUAUCCGGAAAGCUUGCGUCCCUCAGCAAUCCCAGCACCUAACUUCCGGUCUCAUUUGCUACAUCUCCGGAUGGGGAGUGACCAGAAUUGAAGAUUACUAUACCACUGUAUUGCCUGAUAUGCUUCACCAUGCCAAAAUCAAACUGUGGAGCAACUCGAAAUGUAAGUUGGCGUAUUCUGCAAAAGUGAAAGACUCCAUGUUUUGUGCAGGCUAUGAUUAUGGAGGGAUCGAUUCCUGUAAGGGGGAUAGCGGCGGCCCACUGGUGUGUAAAAUUCGGAAUCAUUGGAUGUUAGUAGGAGUAACAACAUGGGGAGAAUCGCCUUGUGGACAACUCCAUAAGCCUGGUGUUUAUACCAGAGUAGACUCUUUCACAGAAUGGAUUGGUAACAUCACCAAAUCAACAGAUAAAGUGAGUGUAGCAUGUGACUAUGAGUCCUAUGGAACUUGUGGACAUGUGGACCUGUCAGACUCCGUGUUUAUGUGGACCCGACAGUCCGGGGGUGUAACAGCUACAGGGCGCCCAGCGGUAGACCAUACAUUCCUCAACAUCUCAGGGCAUUACCUAUACGCAGAAAUACCUUUUAACGCUAACAACAACCUGUCUCCUGCCAUUCUGCAGCUUCCGGAAGUGAUGAACACUAAGGUCUCAUGUUUGUCUCUUAGUUAUGUGUUUGAAAAACGAGAUGCUAUUAAACUAAAGGUGUCAAUCCGCCAUAAAAACAGCAAUGACGUCACGGACGUCUGGUCAACUUCAAAAGGUUUGUCAACGUGGAGCACGGCUAAUAUUUCAGUUGACAGUGGUGUAAGCGAGGUGAAUGUAACAGCUGUGCCUUUGGUUAUUACGUACACCACUGGAGUUGCAAUUGAUGACAUCACAUUCACAGAGGGCAAAUGCAAAGAUGAUGGACAUUUUUACUGUGAUUUUGAUGAAGAAAGCAGCUGUAGACUUACCCAGGAUGAAGCAAUUUUCGUUUGGAAACAUAAACAAGACCAUCAAAACGGGUAUAUGUUUUUCGAUGGACUAAAUAAACCAACAGGUAUCAAAGCGAAUUUAUAUCAUCAACUAGGGAAAAUGGACUCGCCAUACUGUGUAAAAUUUCGUUACAAAAUAUGCCCGGAUGCCACUUUAUCUAUUCAUACGUCAUUCACUUUUGGAGAUUACGUCAUAACUGGGAACUCGCACUGGAGUCGGAGACGGUCGUUUGGUGGGUGUUCUGAUUGGCUACAGUCUACAAUACCGAUGUCUUACAGACACUACUCACACCAAGUGACAAUCCAGGGCGUCGUCAACUCACAGUCCAGUAGCAUUGCUAUAGAUGAUUUUCAGAUUACUACUGGCGAUUGUUUAUAACUUUUCAACAGUGAUGACGCCAGUUCAUCGGUUUGCUUUACAGAGUUAAUAAAAUUGGGUACGAAGAGAUUCUUUAAUCAUGUCUUCUGAACUGAGAGACGGCGUUUUUGCUCAUGAAAUGUACACGUUGAAGUACCACGAUGUUCUGUUUGUUUUUAGUGUCUAUCACAAGUUUUACAUCGAUUGUUUUAUACAUUGUGCAAUAAGUUAUUGCUACAUACAGCUCUAUCUGUGUUGUAGACUAUACAUAAGAUCUUGGAGACUUUUGAAAUCAAAAGGAAGAAAAAAUUUGUUACUAUGAAGAGCAUGUUAAUUAUUUGUGAGUAUAUCAGGCCCGUAGCAACGGCUUCAAAAGGGGGAGGGGGCAACUUCCCAAAAAAAUCUGACAAGCAAAACGAAAACAAAAAAAAAACACCUUAAGUUAACUGAUCCAAAGUUGGGGGGGGGGGGACUUCCAAAAAUUAUCUGACAAGCAAAAAAAAAAAAUCCUAAUUUACUGUUUAGAUACUGGAUUUGCCAGUGCUCAACCAUACAACAACAAAUUAAAA